AUGAUGUCGACUACUAUGUUCUCUUUCGCGGUAUUUCUUCUCGCCGAGGUGUCUGUCGCCUGCGUUGAUCUUCCCCCACCAGCCCCCACCGCCCCCCUGCCCGCUGUGCGGCGUCGGAGCUGGGUGCCCGACAAAAGCCUGUGGUACACAAUGUCGACGGCGGCCGAGGGCGACGGCAACUGCCUUUACGCCCUGGUCGGCGUCGACGGGUCCGUCCCCUACCCCGUCAGGUUCGAGCCAUGCAAUCCGCUACGCGACGACGCCCUCUGGCGCUUCGACCUACACGGCAGCGGCGGGUACAACAUCUUCAACAAGACCUGGAUAGACGUGGAGCGGAGGCUAGACAUCAACUGCCAGAAGCUAGUGGUGGCAGAUCUAGUCGCUCCUUUGGGCCUAAAUAGCCAGGCCUCGCCGCCUUCAAAUGCUCAUAAAACCACGGCCACAACCACUGACGCCGGCACUACCGUUGCAACCGCUGGCACCAGCACCGGCCCCAACACCAAGACAUCCUCGGAACCGUCCAUUUCCCCAGGCUUGACAUCGUCAACCAACAAUUCAGACAACUGGAUCAUUUCCCCAGGCUUGGCAUCGUCAACCAAAAGCUCGAACAACUCGAACAACAACAACAAUAACAACAGCAACAAUGAUAACUCGAGCAGCAACAACAAUAGCAACAGUAACAAUGACAACAAGCUGGGCCUGACCAAGGACGGCAUUGCUGGAGUCAUUGUUUCGGGUGUCGGCGUAUUGGUCGCCGUAGCUGGAUUUUGGAAGCGGGAUAAAGUGAUCAAGUACGCGAAAAUCGCGAUUCGCAGUCGCAAAAGCGCCGAGACCACUGACAGCGACGCGGAUAUAACAAUACCCCGAGAACGGCGAAGUUUCAGUUGCCCUUUUGGCGGCUACUCGAGCUCGGGAAUCGAAGACGCGGCUAAACAAUGCAGCCAGACGAUACAGGCCAUUAAAGCUCUUGUCGACCAAGGCAGGCCCACCAAGCCGCACUCAUUUCGUGCUACUAUGAAGGGCUUAACCCAGAAACAGCUGACCACUAAGCUUAACGCGAUCGGCGACGAGCUGCCCAAGCUUGAUGAGAGCUUGAAGCUGAUUGAAACAAUCAAGGAGGCCAUCUUCUUGUCCGAAGAUUCCUUGAAGGCAGUGAAUUAUGCUGAAAUUCUUGGCUCCCUGCACCCAGCUACCGCUGACAAGCGCUUCGACAUGAUAAAUAAUCCAGCCGCCGAUACAUUUUCCUAGAUCUUUCGCGGUGAUGAGACAAACAGUCUUGCUAGUGUAGACUUUGUGUCUUCGUCCGCUCGUGGAGAUCCGUCUGUUCAGGAUUCCCGGUGUCGGUAGAUUAUUUGCUCAGGUCCAAAAUUUCUGUUGGAAUCACCAGGUACCGG